AUGUUGUCAAGAAAUGUUAUUAUUGCGUUAAUACAACGAAGAAGGAUUAUGAAGGGAAUGAAGAAGAGAAAUAGAGAAUAUUGGGUGCAUCCAAUCUGUAGUAACAGAUUAUUGCAGGGAAAAUUUCAUACAUUGCAUUCCAAAUUAUUGAAUUUCCCAGAAAAGUUUUUUGGCUACUAUCGAAUGAGCAUAACCAGCUUCAAUGAACUCGUCAAAUUAAUUGGACCAGCAAUAGCGAAGGAGAAUACACAGUUAAGACUCUCUAUACCUGUGGAGGAAAGAUUGAGUGUUACGAUACGGUAA